GGUGACUGUUGCUUCUCCCUGAGAACUUCGGGUUCUCCUCCUGUCUUCAGUCGUUUGUGUCCAGAGCCGGACUUUGAAUUUGCCCCCAAAGGGAGCAUAAACCAGGGACUUUGAUAUCAUGCAGCAGAAGACCAAAUUAUUUCUCCAAGCUUUGAAGUAUAGUAUUCCUCACCUUGGGAAAUGCAUGCAGAAACAGCAUUUGAAUCACUGUAACUUCGCUGAUAAUUAUUACAGUAGAAUAAAAUUGAAAAAAUAUCACCUAACCAAGUGUCUACAGAAUAAACCCAAGAUAUCAGAGUUAGCAAGAAACAUCCCAAGUCGGAGCUUCUCAUGUAAGGAUCGUCUGCCUAUUAAACAAGAAAACGAAAAAUCCCUUUCAGAAAAUAUGGAUGCAUUUGAAAAAGUGAGAACAAAAUUAGAAACACAACCACAAGAAGAAUAUGAAAUCAUCAAUGCAGAGGUGAAACAUGGUGGUUUUGUUUAUUACCAGGAAGGUUGCUGCUUGGUUCGUUCCAAAGAUGAAGAAGCAGACAAUGAUAAUUAUGAAGUUUUAUUCAAUUUGGAGGAACUUAAAUUAGACCAGCCCUUCAUUGAUUGUAUCAGAGUUGCUCCGGAUGAGAAAUAUGUAGCUGCCAAGAUAAGGACAGAGGAUUCUGAAGCAUCCACCUGUGUAGUUGUGAAGCUUAGUGAUCAGCCAGUAAUGGAAGCUUCUUUCCCAAAUGUGUCCAGUUUUGAAUGGGUGAAGGACGAAGAAGAUGAAGAUGUUUUAUUCUACACCUUCCAGAGGAAUCUUCGCUGUCAUGAUGUAUAUCGAGCCACUUUUGGUGAUAACAAACGUAAUGAACGUUUUUACACAGAAAAAGACCCAAGCUAUUUUGUUUUCCUUUAUCUUACAAAAGAUAGUCGUUUCCUUACCAUAAAUAUUAUGAACAAGACCACUUCUGAAGUGUGGUUGAUAGAUGGCCUGAGCCCUUGGGACCCACCAGUACUUAUCCAGAAGCGAAUACAUGGGGUCCUUUACUAUGUUGAACACAGAGAUGAUGAAUUGUACAUUCUCACUAAUGUUGGAGAGCCUACAGAAUUCAAGCUAAUGAGAACAGCAGCUGAUACCCCUGCUAUUAUGAAUUGGGAUUUGUUUUUCACAAUGAAGAGAAAUACAAAAGUUGUAGACUUGGACAUGUUUAAGGAUCACUGUGUUCUAUUCUUGAAACACAGCAAUCUGCUUUAUGUUAAUGUGAUUGGUCUGGCUGAUGAUUCAGUGCGAUCUCUGAAGCUCCCUCCUUGGGCCUGUGGAUUCAUCAUGGAUACAAAUUCUGACCCAAAGAACUGCCCCUUUCAACUCUGCUCUCCAAUAAGACCCCCAAAAUAUUACACAUAUAAGUUUGCAGAAGGCAAACUAUUUGAGGAAACUGGGCAUGAGGACCCAAUUACAAAAACUAGUCGUGUUUUACGUCUAGAAGCCAAAAGCAAGGAUGGAAAAUUAGUGCCAAUGACUAUUUUCCACAAAACAGACUCUGAGGAUUUACAGAAGAAACCUCUCCUGGUACAUGUAUAUGGAGCUUAUGGAAUGGAUUUGAAAAUGAAUUUCAGACCUGAGAGGAGGGUCUUGGUAGAUGAUGGAUGGAUAUUAGCAUAUUGCCAUGUUAGGGGUGGUGGUGAGUUGGGCCUCCAGUGGCAUGCUGACGGCCGACUAACUAAAAAACUCAAUGGCCUUGCUGACUUAGAGGCUUGCAUUAAGACGCUUCAUGGCCAAGGCUUUUCUCAGCCAAGUCUAACAACCCUGACUGCUUUCAGUGCUGGAGGGGUGCUUGUGGGAGCAUUGUGUAAUUCUAGUCCAGAGAUCCUGAGAGCUGUGACUUUGGAGGCACCUUUCUUGGAUGUUCUCAAUACUAUGAUGGACACUACACUCCCUCUGACAUUAGAAGAACUAGAAGAGUGGGGGAAUCCUUCAUCUGAUGAAAAGCACAAGAACUACAUAAAACGUUACUGCCCCUAUCAAAAUAUUAAACCUCAGCAUUAUCCUUCGAUUCACAUCACAGCUUAUGAAAACGAUGAACGUGUACCUCUGAAAGGAAUUGUUAACUAUACUGAGAAACUGAAGGAAGCCGUCAUGGAGCAUACUAAGGACACAGGUGAAGGCUAUCAGGCCCCCAAUAUUAUUUUAGAUAUUCAGCCUGGAGGAAAUCAUGUGAUUGAAGAUUCUCACAAAAAGAUUACAGCCCAGAUUAAAUUCCUAUAUGAGGAACUUGGACUUGACAGCACCAGUGUUUUCGAGGAUCUUAAGAAAUACCUGAAAUUCUGAAAUGUUACAUUCAACGGGGAAUUGGAAACACACUGAAAUAUUUCAUAGUCUUAUUUCCAAAUUGGGUUACUAGCAAAAGUGAGAUUUUAAGUUACUAGGUGAUAUUUUUAAAGUUGCUUCUCCAUCCAGAUUUUGCGAAGUCUGUAUUACAGUUGCUAUACUGUUCUCUUCCACUGGUGUACAUGCCUGUUAGCAUAGGGAAAGCAGUUUUUAAACCAUUUUCCUUAAAAAUACAUGGAGAAAAGAAUGAGGAAGGGGCUGGGGUUGUGGCUCAGC